AUGCGCCGCUCCUCCCGCUCCAAGCCCGACAACGAGAACGAGAACGCGGACUCCAACCAUCCGGCGAAGCGCGCUCGCUGCGAGAAGAAGAGCGUAGACAAGCCGCUCCCGGCGGCGUGGCUGCCGGCUGUUGGCGAGCCGCUGCUUGCGAGGUUUGAGGCAUCAAAACGUGGCGGCGCCGUCGGAACAAAGUGGUACCCUGGCACGGCGACCAGGGUGCAUCCCGAUAACACCGUCGACGUUGAGUACGACGACGGCGACAUUGAAGAGCGCGUGCUGCCAAAGUUCUUCAAACCGCGCGGAGCAGAGGCAGGGCCCUUGGAGGCGGUCCGCAUCCGCCUGCGAGGUGCGGCGACGAGCACCGACUCCGCAGCACAGGACGAGGAGACUGCGGCGAAGGAGGCUGCGGCGAAGGAGGCUGCGGCUGUGGACGAGGAGCCGACCGUCUUUGUGCAGUGCGACAAGUGCGACAAGUGGCGGCGGCUGCGCACCGCCGUGCUGCCGUCGUCUCUCCCCGGGAAGUGGGAGUGCGCGCUGAGCGACGACCCGAUGCGCAACCGGUGCAGCUGCGGUGGGGGAGAGGACGCGCCCUUGAGCCAGAUGACCGCCGAGCAGCAGGCGCGGCUCGCAUCGGACGGGUUCGUGCUGCUGCCUGAGCCGGCCGUGUGGGAGGGGCUCGAGCUGCUGACGGCGACCGACGGCUCGGGGCUCGGCAAAGGCCGCGACGCGCAGGGCGGGCGGGCGGGCGAUCUCGCUCCCUCCUCCUGGAGCCGUCCACCGAAGCGUCGGGUGAACGAGGCGCUGCUGCUGCACGGCACGCAGCCGGGCGCGCUGCUGUCUAUGCUCGCCAACGGACUCAACGAGCGCUUCUCCGGCACAAACGCGGGCACCGCCUUUGGCAACGGCGUCUACCUCGCCGAGGACCUCGGCAAGAGCGACCAGUACGUCGAGUUGGACGAGCGGCUCUCUGUGCGCACGCAGCAGUCGGGCGAGCGAGCCGUGUCGAUGGACACGCGCAAGCCCAUCUUCCCGAACGGCAACACGCGCGAGCUGAGCGUCGUCGACGGCGUCUCUCCGCCCCUCGGCGGCGCGCUCCUCCGCUACCGCGAGUUCGUCACCUUCCACGGCGAAUACGUCUACCCGGAGUUCCUCAUCGCCUACCAGCGUUGCUCGGGCGGGGCGCCGCUCCAGCGGCAGCCCCUCGCGCCACCUCCCGCUCCCAGGGUUGUCGCCGCGACCGUGACUGCCACCGCAGCCGCGCCCUCCUACCAGCUCCCCGCCUCCACGCCAGCGCCGCCGCGACCAAAGCCCAAGCCCAAGCGCGCCAAGAAGGCGAAGCCGCCAAAGGACUAUUCGGCGCCGACGCGCGCCACGGCGGCUGCGCUGAUGCGCCACGGCGGCGGCACCUGGCUCGCCGACGCCCACAAGCACAAGGCGGCCGCGCAGAGCUGCGGCGCGCGCUGGGACUCGCUCAAUGGCAUGCUCUACGCGCCCGCGAGCGCGAACCUCUCCUCUUUCCGGCAGUGGCUCCCAAAGGGGGCGAUCCCGCAGCUGAGCGCGCCUUGCUCGCUCGAGCGGCUGCGGCGCAAGGGCGGCGGCACGCUGCUCGACGUGCCGUUCGACGAGAAGGACGAUGCCAAGGCGGCGGGCGCGCGGUGGGACGGCGACGAGAAGAAGUGGUACGUCGUCGAGCAUGCGAGCUCGUUCGCCGCGUUUGAGAGGUGGCUGCCGCUAGUCGAGUAG